GGUAUUUAUAGAUCUAUCAAAGUCUUACAAUACAGUGAAUAGAGAAAAACUCUACGAUAUAAUGAUAAAAUGAAGUUGGAUGGAAGAGGAUACAAUUAGAUUUCUAAUGACACUAUAUGAUGAAACGUACUAUUGGGAUCCAGUGAUUGAACAAAGGAUAAAUUUAAAAAAUGGGUUAAAUUCAUUAAUAGCACCUAUGUUUUUUAUCUGUAUUUUAAUGACUUAUUGAAUGAAUGAAGGAAUGAGAAAUAAGGAUCUAUUGGGAAGCGAUAAUUGUAAAAUAAGAAUAAACAAAAUAUUGUAGCAAGUAAAAGCCCUGACAGACGCUGUAGAUAUAGUGAUAAUGACUAAUUUGUAAAUUUGAGGGAUUUUGUUUAGAAUAUUAAAAGAAGUAUCAGAAGAAUUUUAAAUGAAGAUAAAUGGAUAAAAAUGUGCCUAUAUAUAAAAUGGCAUCAAUUAAUAAAUUAAAAUUUCUAUAAAAGCUUUAUUGAAGAUAAUAAUGUCAUAAUUGAAAUGAAUUUUGUGUUAAUUUUUCUAUUUAAUACAUAAACCUUUUAGAUUUAUAAACAACAAUCUUAUAAUUGA